UCGGUCGAGUCAAACUCGUAGAGAAAGUAGAAAUCCCGCGGCCAAGCGAGAGAGCGAGAGGACGCGAUCUAACGGCUCGUAGCGAGUUCGAUAUAUGACAAGGAGCAGUCGACACGGCAUCGGUGCUGUUGCUAAAACGCAUACAAUACAACACGCACGGAUUUACGACAAGAGCGCGGACUUUUUGGGCUUCGCAUUUUAUUGGACAUUUGGACCACGACGACGACGACCUGCGGCGCUUUUUCCCGUGACCGUUCGCACGCCCACGCACAGUUCAGUACAAGCGAAAGAAUUCAACACGACUCUACGACAGUGGUAGAGCCCCGUUACAUCGAUAUAGCAAAAGUAAGCUAACAGACAAUCGCUCAGGAUGUCGGGUAUUGCAAUGGCAAGAUUAGCCGAGGAGCGCAAGGCUUGGAGAAAAGACCAUCCCUUCGGAUUUGUCGCACGACCAAUGAAAAAUCCAGACGGUACGCUGAAUCUGAUGAGCUGGGAAUGUGCGAUACCUGGCAAAAAAUCCACUCCAUGGGAAGGUGGCUUGUACAAAUUACGAAUGAUCUUCAAAGAUGAUUAUCCUUCCACUCCACCAAAAUGUAAAUUUGAACCACCUCUUUUCCAUCCCAAUGUUUACCCAUCAGGCACUGUUUGUUUGUCGCUGCUGGAUGAAGAAAAAGACUGGAGGCCUGCCAUCACGAUUAAACAAAUUUUACUUGGUAUCCAAGACCUCCUAAAUGAACCAAAUGUAAAAGAUCCUGCUCAAGCAGAAGCAUACACAAUUUACUGCCAAAAUCGUUUAGAGUAUGAGAAACGAGUGAGGGCUCAAGCUAGAGCAAUGGCGCAACAAGAAUAAAUGGUAAUUUUAUGUAAAGAUAUCAAUUUGCUGCAAACAACUGGCAGUUUCCUACAAGAUUUAUACUUGGUACUUCUUCCUCUGCAUGAAUCUAUUCCAGAUCAAGACAACUUGUCAAAUUAUGUGAAAGGCUGAAUUAAAGAACAUUUUUAGUUUAAUACUAAA